CAUGUAAUCUAAACAUUCAGAAACUAGAUAGAGUUGGACCUAUCAAGUAAUUCUGAGAAUCAUUUUUAAUAGGAAGACAAACUCUUAUUAGAACUUAUCAAACUUAAUGGUUGUGCAUCUUGGAAUCGUAUAGCAAUUGAACUUUAAUCUAAAAUUAAGAAUCCAACCAAAAUACGUUCUCCAGCAGCUUGUAGAGAACGAUAUUAAAACAUACUUAACCCUAAUUUGAAUAAAAGUAUAUGGACAGAAGAAGAGGAAUAAAAAUUAUUCAACCUUUAACAAUAAUUUGGUAACAGUUGGGCUAGGAUAGCUUCCUAAAUGACUGGUCGUUCCGAUUUACUAUGUAAAAAUUACUUUUAUGCAACUUUGAGAAAAGUUUUACGUCGUCUCAGUAAAGCAGUGGGACUAGAUUAAUGUAAUAAUUUAUUUUUACUCUUUUAGCUUCAGAUUUACUAAAAUAAAUUAAACCUAGUGUAUUAGGUGUAAUCUAUUGUAAUGAGGAUUCCUUAAAAAGCUUUAAUAUUGAUGAAGAAAUGAAAAAUGAAUUUAAAAAAAUGAUAAAAUAAUACAGACACACAGAGAAAUCAGAAUUAAGAAUGUUACCUGAGGAAGAAAUUAAUCAUAUAAAACAAAUGUUAAAUAAACUAUUUGCCAUAAAGUAUUAAUUUGAUCAUUAUCAAAGCAAUAAUUAUAUUUCUUAAAAAGGUGCAAUAAUAUUUAACAAAAGUAAUAAGUAGGAUUUAAUAUCUUUGGAGACUAGUAAAUAAAUUAACCUUAAUUAAAAUUAAUAAUCUGAUUCAAAAAUAUUAUCAAAAAUCUAAGCAUCUAACCUGAGACAUGAUUAUUAGGAAGAAUAUGAUUAAUAACAAAACUACUAAACUCAAAUCUUCUAAGACUAAUAACCAUAUUCAAAUUUAGACAAAUAACCUUAUUCUAAUCAUUAUUCAAUCCCAUAACACCUAGUAAUUCAUAAAUAAUUAUUAGAUAUCUAUGUAUACUCCAACUCCUGUAAUAACAUUCUAUAUCUAACCAAACUUUAAUAUCUGGCCAAUCUAACCUGCAUAACUAUACAGCCCACCUCAAUGCCUUUAAAUCCCUUAAACCUAUCCUUACAUCAAAUAUGAGUAAUCAUAAUGAU